AAUGACUUUGUACAGUAGGUGAGUGAGUGUGUGGGGCUUUGAUAGGAGGAGUCAUUUGCUGACACCAUUAAAGAGGUAAAUCCCAUUCUGAGAGACACAGCUGGAUCUGCACUUUAUCACUUCAUCACAUCAUCAUCUGUCUCAGUAGUUUCUCACCAGUCGUGGAUCAUUGCAUGUAUUGUCGAUCGACUGCAGGACAAUGGCCUUAGUGUCUCAGAUUUUGAGUCAGCUCACACUGAGUUAUGGAGGGGAGAAAGAACCUAAAUGUCCUACACUACUGCCAGUUUUCGAUUUUAAUCCAGAAAUGGAUGCGGCCAGAAUAGAAACUGCCAUUAAAACCAAAGGUGUGGAUGAGCAGACAAUCAUUGAUAUUCUAACAAGACGCAGUUACUUACAAAGGACUGAAAUUGCGUUUGUGUAUGAGAAAAAAGUAAAGAAGGAUUUACUAAGUGCCCUGAAGGGGGCGCUUUCUGGUUCUCUGGAGAAUUUGAUUCUGGGGUUGAUGAAGAGCACACCACAGUUUGAUGCCUCUGAACUAAAAGUUUCAGUGAAGGGGUUAGGCACUGAUGAGGAGAGUCUUAUUGAAAUUCUGUGCUCUCGCAAUUCUGAGGAGCUGGUGGAGAUCAAGAAGGUUUAUAAAGAAAUGUUUAAAAAGGAUUUGGAUAAGGAUGUAGCUGGAGACACAUCUGGAGAUUUUGCUAAAUUGCUGUUGGCCCUUGUACAGGGCAAAAGGGAUGAGCCAACUAGUGUGGUGGACUAUGAAAAGAUCGACAAUGAUGCAAGAGCUCUUUAUGAUGCUGGAGUCAAGAGAAAAGGAACUGAUGUAACCACCUGGAUAUCAAUAUUCUGUGAGAGGAGUGUCCCACACUUGCAAAAAGUGUUUGAAAGGUACAAGAGAUACAGUCCAUAUGACAUAAAGGACAGCAUUCGGAAAGAAGUGAAGGGGGAUCUGGAGAAAUCCUUCCUCACACUAGUUGAGUGUUUGGAAAACAAGCAUCUUUAUUUUGCCAGCAGACUCAAUGAUGCCAUGAAGGGUAAAAGUGUUAAAGACAAAGUAGUGACCCGCAUCAUGGUCUCUCGUUGUGAGAUUGAUCUCAUGAAAGUCCGCGCUGAGUUCAGGAGGAACUUUGGCAAAUCUCUGCACCAGACAAUUUCUGAACAAACUAAAGGUGAUUACCAGAGAGCUCUUCUGAAUCUCUGUGGAGGAGAUGAUUAAAUUAAUUUGAUCUUAACCCGUGAAUGUCCUGAGAUUCAAAAAACAUUACUAUUACUGUUACUAUUACUACUAGAAAUGCAGUACAUGUACUAAUACUAUAUAACUGAAGAUAGACAGAUAUCUUUUAAACUGGUCAUAUUUUUCUCAGAUAAAAAAGUCAGAAUAAAGAAUUGUAAAAUAA